CUCGACUGCCAUUAUUUAUGUAGCUGCCCCUCUCAGUGAACUCGUGCUCGACUCACUCCCUUUGGUUACCUUCUUCGUUCAUUUCCAAAAUCUUUCCAUUUCUACGAAGUAUUAUCGUCAAUUUCACCAUGACAAAGUGCUACCCUGUUGUAAGUGAGGAAUAUCAAAAGGCCGUUGAAAAGGCCAAGAGGAAGCUCAGAGGACUCAUUGCUGAGAAGAAUUGUGCUCCUCUAAUGCUCCGUCUUGCAUGGCACUCUGCUGGAACCUUUGACCAUAAAUCCAAGACUGGUGGUCCGUUUGGAACUAUGAGGUUCCCUAGUGAGCUCGCUCAUGCAGCCAACAGUGGCCUUGACAUCGCUAUUAGGCUAUUGGAUCCUAUCAAGGAACAGUUCCCCAUCCUCACAUAUGCUGACUUUUACCAGUUGGCUGGUGUUGUUGCUGUUGAGAUCACUGGAGGGCCUGAUGUUCCUUUCCACCCUGGUAGAGAGGACAAGCCCGCGCCACCCCCGGAAGGUCGCUUGCCCGAUGCUACCAAGGGUUCUGAUCAUUUGAGGGAUGUUUUCUACACCAUGGGCCUCUCUGACCAGGACAUUGUCGCCCUCUCUGGCGGUCACACAUUGGGUCGGGCACACAAGGAACGAUCUGGGUUUGAGGGACCAUGGACUUCCAACCCUCUCAUCUUCGACAACUCGUAUUUCACCGAGCUCUUGACCGGGGAGAAAGAAGGUCUUCUGCAGUUGGUAUCGGACAAGACACUUCUGUCCGACCCUGUCUUCCGCCCUCUUGUCGAAAAAUAUGCUGCAGAUGAGGAUGCUUUCUUUGCUGAUUAUGCUGAGGCUCACCAGAAGCUUUCUGAGCUCGGAUUUGCUGAUGCUUGAGCAAUGUGAAUGGAAAAAUGAGGCUGCAGGCUGUUGUUGUUUAUGUUAGCUUUGAUUUGU